AUGGCUACGCCAAAGCGGAAAGACACCAUCUGCGAGGCAGCCAUUGUUGCUUUUUCCUUCAAUAAAGACUGCUCUGAGGCUGUCUUUUCGCCGAACAAUCACCUUCUGUAUAUUGUGUCUUGCAAGGAUAAGACGGAUUGCACGACGUGGGAGAUUGAUGCCACAUUGGAGCAGCAUGAUCAGUCCGUUUCCGCCACUGCCUGGCAUGGCUCCACGAAUCGUAUUCUUUCCUGUUCGCAGGACCGUACCGCGUUUGUCUGGCAGUGUAAUAGCAAAGGCAAGUGGAAGCCGCAAAUGGUGAUGCUGGAUGCAGGCGUAAAGCGAGGUCUGACAUGUUGUGCAUGGAACCAUUCAGGUUCGAAGGUGUAUGUGGGUUCUGCCGCGGCAAAUGUUGCGGUUGGGCGUUUUGACGCCGAAAAUGAAUGGUGGAUAUGUCGUUUGCUGGAAGGGCACACGAGUACGGUGACAACGCUCGCGCCGCAUCCAUCGGAUGACGCGCUUCUAGCCUCUGGAGGCACCGACGGGAAGCUGAGGCUUGUCUCCACUUUCAUGAAGAAAUUGGAUGAGAAGAAGACUGCCUCCUUUGGUCAUGUCUACCUGGAGAAGAAGUUUGGGGCAUGGGUGCACGCUGCCGCCUGGGCGCCGUCAGGCCGACGCUUUGCAGUUGCAACCCAUGAUAGUCGGGUGCACGUCUUUGAUGUGCCCACCAUUGAGCGUCUCUGCGCGGGAGCGGAGGAGGCCGUAACGAUGCACCGCAUCAACUUGGCGGUGCUUCCCCUCAAGUCGCUUGCCUUCGUGUCGGAGGAUCACCUCGUUGGAGGGGGUUUCGACUACUUCCCUGUACUCUUCACGCCGUCUGCCGAGGCCGGCGGCUGGAGACUCUCGGGCAAGUGGACCGCGUGCCAGACGCGAGGGGUGAAGACGGCGCAGCAGGUUGCCCGUGAGAAGUUCCAGAACGAGGCACGCAUGGGCCAGGCGGAGGUCCUUGACGAGGGGCAGACACGCCACAAGAACACCAUCAACGGCGUCCUCCGCCUCCGAGGCGAUGCUGGUGCGGCUUUCAACUCUGACUUGAAGGAGCCCGUUUUUGCCACGGCGAGUCUUGAUGGGCGUGUUGAGGCCUGGACGAUGGGAGAGAUGGUGUCGAUUACGUAG